GCUUUGCUCGCAUUCGAAGUUAUGUGCCAAUGAGAACAACUGAGAGGCGUGGUUUGCUUGGCGGGAGUUCCUAGUUUCUAAACAGUUGGCGCUAACUCUAAACCUGCGGAGGAGAAGGUCGCUGCAUGCUGGAAGAAGACCUUGUAAUAUUGAAAAGUGGUUUUUAUUUUUUGCGCAACAUACAAGACAGGAACAAAAGCAGUCAUGAGGAGGAGCACCAGGGUCCGCUCGCAGAGUACCAUCGACUAUCCCAAGAAGAAACAGGGCGGCUGCACCCCAAAGGCAGACAAGCCUAAGGUGGCGGAGGGCGAGAGGAAGACCACGGCACUCCCACUGAGCCCCCGGAAAAGAGUGGGUGAUGACAAUGCAUGCAACCUUCCCCCUACAAUGCUGGGCUCCCCGCCGAAACAAAGCCGAAAGGAGAACUCACUGCUGGCAACCCCUUUGUCUCCCAGGAGGCCUUGCAAACCCAUACUGGGAGAGAAUGAGCCCCCCGCGUUCAUCCUGUCCCCUAAGAAGAUGGUGGCUGGGGCGCCUUCUCCCUCAAGAUUGCAGUCUCCACCGCGGGCCCCGGUUGGCGCUCUCUCACCAAUUCGAAGUCCCCCCCAGCUGGGCUCUCCGUGGCGUGACCGGCCUGCUGGAGGCCAAGCUGGGGACAGGGUCCCAGUGGUGCUGUCACCGCGGCGCAAUCUGUCUGGGCUCCUCUCCUCCCUCCCCGGCCCCUCACAGGCGGAGUUUGCUCGGGGUCUUCUGGCUACGCCGCUCUCCCCUGUCCGAUUAGCACCCAAGUCUGAUCUGACCGAGGACAACUCCUUCCGCCUGAGCCCCCUCAAGAAAGGCUCUCCAAAGCAGACCCUGCCGGGUGUGUUGUCUCCAAAGCGAGGUGUCCAGGAGGGACAGGAAAAGCUCGGGUCUCCUAAUCGCUCGCCCAGCUACCGCCAGCAGCAGGAGACCCCAAGCCGCUCCCCACGUGUAUUUGAGAAGGACAGGAAGGCCCCCGUGAUCCAGCUCUUUAAACAGGAAGGGUCUUGUUACCAGAAGACCAAGCAGGCGCUGAACACGGCCCUCCCAGAGCGCCUCCUGUCUCGCGAGAAGGAAACCGAAGCGAUCCGCACCUUCAUAACGAAGCACGUUGGCAAGAAGCAGACUGCCAGCCUGUACAUCUCCGGCGCCCCAGGGACGGGCAAGACGGCGUGCCUCAGCCGCAUACUUCACGACUUCAAGGAUGAGCUAAACGGUGUCCAGUGCAUCUUUGUCAACUGCAUGUCCCUGAGGAGCUCCCAGGCUGUAUUCCCACUGGUGGCGGAAAAGCUCGCCGUCACGGCGAAAAGUCGCCCUGCUGGGAAGGACAUCGGGAAGAAGCUGGAGAAAUUAGUGACCAGUCCUGGAGCCCCAGUCCUCCUCAUCCUGGACGAGAUGGAUCAGCUCGACAGCAAAGGCCAGGAUAUCCUCUACACCAUCUUUGAGUGGCCAUGGCUAGAAAACUCGCGCCUCUGCCUUAUCGGGAUUGCCAACGCCCUGGAUCUGACGGACCGCAUCCUCCCUCGUUUGCAAGCCCGACCCGGGUGCAAGCCACAGCUGCUCAACUUUGCUCCAUACACCCGGCAGCAGUUGGCAGAGAUUGUCCAGGACCGUCUGACGCAGGUAUCUGGGGAGCUGGUGCUCGAUGCCAUGGCCAUACAGUUCUGUGCCCGGAAGGUGUCUGCCGUGUCUGGAGAUGCCCGGAAGGCGUUGGACAUUUGCCGGAGAGCAGUGGAAAUCGUGGAGUCCGAUGUCCGAAGUCAGACAGUACUGAAGCCCCCAAAGAGCGCCUCCCCAGUCAAGUCUCCAAACAUGCCAAAGAAGGUGAGCCUGCCCCACGUGUCCCGUGUGCUGUCGGAAGUCUACGGGGACCGCAUGGCGGGGGGCACCAACGGUUCAGGGGCCGAGUCCUUCCCCCUCCAGCAAAAGCUGCUCAUUUGCUCCAUGCUGCUGCUCAUGCGACGUGACAAAGUGAAGGAGGUCACCUUGGGGAAGCUCCAUGAGACUUACAGCAAAGUGUGCCGCAAACAGCAGAUGGUGGCUGCUGGCCAGUCGGAGUGCCUCUCCCUGUGCAGCCUCUUGGAGUCCCGGGGCAUCUUUGGUCUCAAGAAAGCAAAGGAAGCUCGUCUCAAUAAGAUUACACUCAAGUUAGAAGAGAGCGACGUCGAGCACGCCCUCAAGGACAAAGUGCUCAUGGGCAGCGUUCUGGAAAGCGGACUCCUCUGAAGCUCGUUCUGAGAGACUGGGAUGUGCGUUUCGAGUUGUCUGGUUGUUCCUGUAGAUAUGGGUUUUGGGGUUCAAGUCCAGUUAGACAGGUCUGGACGUUCCUUCUGACCCACCAAGAGUAGAGCAAUGUGAGGCCUGCAGGUCUGCGGUGAACGGUUGAUGGAGGUUUUUAUUUCUCUCUCCCGCCGUGCCAAAUCAUUUGAUUUCAAGACGUGACGUUGGCGAGUUUGCCGCUGCCCUUUCAUUUCGGCCUUGACUGAGUCAUGUCAUCGUGUUGCAGGUCGACCAGUUUUUCAGAUGUGGCAUUGGUUUUUAAUUCUGUCCUGAAAAGGGGGUAUGUUUGUGUUACCCCCUCCCCUAAACACACUCGGGCCUUUUUAUCAGUUUUUAUUUAUUUUAUUUUACAGUUUUAUGUGUUCUUUCUUUAAUAA